AUGGAUGCCACGCUGGAGCGCCCAAUUCAUGAGAAUUUCAUCAACACGCAAGACCUAGUAAAAUGGGUGGAGGGACAACCCGAUGAUGUUCGCAUACCCACCGCUCAGAGCAUAUUUGAUGACCUCUUGGCCAAGUCCUCCCAGCUGAAAGCGACAUCCGGCAACUCGUGCGUCAAGCUCUGUGGUUUUGUGGCUCAGUGCACAAAGUCUAAGCUUCCUGAGAUUCAGCAAUGGGCCUACACAGAAGAGAUGAGCUUGAAGCUCUUCAAUUUCUUCAUCGAGUGGAACGAGGUGGAGGCGCAUAGACACCUGAGGCUUGUGUUGGACCUCCUCCCAAGUCUCAUCAACCAGAACCACGAUUCAACGAUAGGAUCUGCAGUCAAGUUGAACAUCUUGGAUACCCUGGUAUCCAUCGUCGGACCCAAUUCCUCGAGACCUCUGGUCAAGUCGUCCAUGAAGGCCCUGGAUCAGUUUACCUCCAAGAGGCUCUUCUCUGUCGAGGAAAUUGGACAGAGCUACCGCAGAGUACACGCACAAACUGUCUGGCCAUCAGAUCUGGAUCUAUGGCGGGCAAUAUUUGCACAGCUAUUCCAUCGCAUGAUCACUAUGCGCGCCAACGCGGGCAAGCUGGUCGUGACGCUCUACCAAGCCCUGCAAAAGUCAAAGGGCGAGAUCGGCCAACAGUUCACCGUCCAAGUAUGGCUCGAAUGGCUUCAGGAAGCUCUAACGAGGGCACCCAUGUUGCUGGAUAGCGUCAAAAACUAUGUCUUCCUCCCUGUAUUUAAGCAGGACCGCGCCGGGUCUCUGCGGUUCCUGGAGAUUAUGAAAGAGCUGGAUCCGGUUUCGGUGACGAGUGAAGACGAUGAUGAGGAGGUCAAUGUCCAGGCUUUGCUGAGGUUCAAUGCCUUGGAAAUUGGAAAGAAGGUCGGAAUCGUGGAUGAACCUGGUGGCGUCCCCUCGGAAACCAAGUCUGCAGUCGUUCUCGAAGAAGCUAUGCUUCACAGCGUGUUGUCCCACCCAUCGUCUGAAGUUCGAUCGCUGGCGUUAUCGCUCAUCAUAUCUUCAAACUCAACAACUAGGCCGUUCUUUGAGCCCUCACUCCGUCUCUUGCAGACGCACCUCCCUCACCACUUCUCCGAUCCCAGCGCUAGAUUCCGCAUGGAGCUUCUGAGCAAAGUCAAGGCCAUGUACCGGCGCGCACGAGGCGCCAUCCCUCUCCUUCAAAAGGCGCUUCAUCGGGUCGACACAGCGCCAUCAAAAACAACGCCAAAGGCAAACAAAAUCAAGGUUGGCACGUCUGCCGAGGAGGCAAUGACGUGGCCAAAGGAAAGGAUCGAGAACGUCUUGGCUCAGCACAAGGAUUUCGUCGCGUGGUUCUUGCGAUUCCUCAAGUCAGAGCUCAUUCCGACAGCUUCGUAUCAGCGCCACUUCUCUAUCCUCCGCGCCACACUCUUCAUCAUCCGCAUAGAGCUGGAUGACUCGAAAGUCUGGGAAUCCAAUGAGGAGGAGGUUCCAUUCUUCAGCACAUUUGACACCACGUGGACACGUAUACUUUUUGACCUGGUCAUGGACGCCUUUGAAGAUGUGAGGGCUAUCAGUAACGAGAUUCUGAUGGUCUUCUUUACCGAGCCUCGUUUCAAGGACACCAUCAGCCCCCUGGGUCAUAUAAGGACCGUCACCGAAUUCCUCGGACGAGCCGAAGAUAUCACACGUCGCACCGCGAGGGCUGACCACUCUGACGGCCUUGCUCGCUCGUACGAGCUCCUGAGUCGAAUCCACGGCCAACAAGAGGAGCGACUCCUCGUGGUAGCUUCGCUCGUGGAUCUGUUGGAGGGCAAGCUCUCUCUGGCAGAGAUUGAUCUUGGCAAAGCCGUUCUUGAAGCCCCUAUCUACGGCUAUUUCGCGUCUCUCCGCAAUCUCAUGCGGGCGAUGAUCGUGUCACUGAAAAGCAAAGCGAGAGAGGGCGAUUUGCGUCCAUCUGUCUCCACAUUUUCUGCCUUUGGACAGUUGACCUUCGAUCAAUUGACGAACUUGCGACACAGAGGUGCCUUCUCAACGGUGUCUCUGACUUUUGCCACGUGCUGCCAACUUGUGCAAUAUUCCGGAGGAAAGCCUGACUGGGUGCCUGAAGGCGAGACGCUGCUGGACGUCUGGUAUAGGGGAAGCCAGGAGUGUAUCCUCACCCAUGCGUCGACGACUCGCCGGUCGGCCGGUAUCCCUUCCAUGAUCACUGGCAUCCUGUCCGCCGAUGCUGAAUCCCCGUCUUUCGAUCGCGUGAUCGCAGACUUGACGGAAGUUGCGCAGCGCGAGGCGCGCGUCACCAAGACUGACGGCUCCAACCUACCCCAGGUCCAUGCUCUUAACUGCUUAAAGGACAUUUUCAAAAGCGCUCACCUUGCACAAAUGGGCAAGGUGGAACGGCACAUCCCCGAGUGUCUCGAGCUCGCAGCUGGCUGCCUCAAAGCCGAAGUAUGGGCGAUACGGAACAGCGGUCUCCUCCUUCUCAGGAGCCUGAUUGACAACCUCUUUGGCACAAACGAAAGCAAGACUCUUAUCGAGGCCGGCUGGGACGGAAAGGCCUCUCGAGUUCAUUAUCACAAGUACCCUAUCAUCCCAGUCGUGCUACUCAACCUUCUGCGUUCCGGACAGGAAGUCAUGAAGCCUAGCACCGGCACCAUUGCCGCCGAGUCUGUGUUCCCGGCGCUGGACAUUAUCCGCCGAGCUGGACCUCCUGAGGACUUGCGCGCAGAGCUGUAUGGCCUUGUCACUGAAUACCUGGGCAGUCCGGUGUGGCACGUUCGGGAGAUGACAGCUCGUGCUCUAUGCUCUUUUCUGCUGCAUGACGGCUGGCUGCAAUCCAUACAGGAGCUUGUGGAUGGGUCUGAAAGGCAACGGGUGUUGACGCAGGCCAACAGGUUGCACGGGGACACUUCUCCGUUGUUGGACUUGGUCCUCGACCUCUACAAAGAGGCUCCCGAGAUCUUCCUCCGAUGCCCCGAGGCACACGCAACAUAUGCUGAGAUCCUGAACGUCAUCUCUGCCUUUGCAUCUGGGACCGCCACCACGCCAGCCGAGGUUGCAGCAGAAGGCGCUUUUGCAAGCUAUGCUCACAGUGCCUUAUUAAGCGGCCAGAUUGCGGUCCAGGACGUCUACCAAGCAGCGUCGAGCCGUGACGUGGCUUUCCUGACGCUUAAGGCCAUCGACACAGCAUCGAGCAAGCCAGAGGCCGCGGUCGACAUGUUGGAGGCCAUCCCGGUCGUGUUUCAGGCCAUCACGAGUCCCGAAUUGGGCGGCGAGCUGUGCAACGUGUAUCUGGGCGUGGGCGCCCAGGCCGAGGCUCCGGAACCGCGCAUCGUAGCCCUGGAAAACCUCGCCGAUACGAUUGAUGACCUUCUGGAGCAAAAGCGUCUGGACUUGAUUCCGUCAGAUGCUAGCCUGACGGCCCUCUGGAACGAGACUCUCGCCAAGUCGAUGAACCCCGGCCUCUCCAACGCCGUCAUCCGUCUCAGUGGUUCCAUCGUGGCGACGUCAGCACUCCGUCAGGCCGCAGACGCCCAAGGUCAUGCUCUCGAUACUCUCCAGAACUGGACAGCCAUGAUUUCUGCUGCAGGCCAUGAAGACCAGCUAAUGAUGCAGCCGUUCGAUACGCGCUUCGCAGCGACUCAAUCCCUCAAGUCGUAUCUUUCUGCGUGCCCCUCUUCGGAGCCCGCCUGCAUGCCCGUGCUCCUCGCCCUCUACGACGCCCUCAAUGACGACGACGAGGAAGUCCGCGCCCUCGCCGCUCUCGCCUCGCGUCCUGUUUUAGCCAGCCAAACUCUGCUCCCGCUUCGCGCAGCCGACUCCCUCCUGCAGCUACUGCACUCGUCCUACAGCCAGCUGCCCGCCUACCAUGCCGCCGUCGCGCAGCGCUUGACGAGCACGUCCUCGGCGGCCCAGCAGCUCGCGACGGCGCUACACUUUGACGACGCGCUGUUCGCCGUCGAGGAGCAGAACCAGUACAUCGACGAGGUGCGCGAGGCGCAGCGGUGGGCGGGGGCCUACGAGAGCCUCCCUGCCGGCGUCGACGACGCUGCGCUGGGGGGAUGGGCCGCUGACGGAUUGAAGGCGCUGAAGGAGCACGUCGAGAAGGAACGGGAUGGGCCGCUCGGGUGGACGGGCAUGCCGGAUGCCUACGCCGUCUGCAUCCGGGUUCUGGUGGCCGCGAGCGCGGUCGUCGCCAGGCAGGGCGGGGAGGCUGAGAAGCUCAAGGCGCUGAUGGCGGAUCUCAAGGGGGUGGCAUCGGACAAGGCGGUGCACGGCAUGAUUCGGGAGUUGCUGGGGUAG